AAGCAUUCCCUCAAGAGGCUGCAGGGGGCUUGAAUCCCAAAGGCUGGUAAAGACACUGCUGUAAAAUGCUGAGCAAGGGUGAAAUAGGGUGUUGGAGCCUGAUAGUGCCCCUGACAGCUCUUCACCUGUACAACCUCUAAUUUAGUGACCCCUGUGUUGAACCAGAACUGCAAACUUGCAGCACAAAGGCCCCUGCUCUACUCAGAUGCUUUGCCUGGCCAUAGGAGAGGAAGAAAGACAUGAGCAGAGGCAGCAGCUCCCUGCCCCUGCAGGAAAACUUCCCUGAGAGCCCUGGCAUUCAGCAGCACCUCUCCCUCCCAGAGGGAAGAGAAAAACCUUACGUCAAGCCUCAGAAAUGCUUCUCAGCCCUACCCGAACCCUUGGAGCAAUUCCCAGGUACCAUCCAAGGACUCUUGUGGAGCCCACUAGCUGCUUACAGGAGCCGAGCACAUCUCAAGGUGCCUUUCAACUAGAGGGAGCAGCACAGGCAGCCUACUCAGGAGCUGACAUGCAGCAGAAGAUCAGCUCUUUUUUUAAUUCCAUCUUGGAGCUCAUCCGUACCAAGCAUGAGGAAGGCAUCUUCAACACCAUCUGCCUGGCUGUGCUGUUGGGUCUACCCUUCGUUGUCCUCAUCGUUUUCAUUUUCAUCUGCUGCCACUGCUGCUUCUGCAAACGGAGGAAAGAAAGCACAAGGAAAGGUGGCUCCAGCAGCAAUGGGCAGCUGCAUGCUGAGAGGAGCAAAAAGAAAAAGAAGAAGAAGCAGGAUGAAGAGGACCUGUGGAUCUCGGCUCAGCCCAAGCUGCUCUUGCUGGACAAGAGACCCUCCUUGCCUAUCUAGCAGACAGGAGGGUGUUCAGGUCCUCUCCCCUGAGAUGCCACCAUUCCUUUCACCUGUGGACCAGGAGGGGUGAGGAGAUACCAAAGCUGCUGCCACUUGUGGUGGUUUUCAACAGAGGCUGAGCCCAGGGCCAACAGAAAACAAGGUGGUCAGGUACAGGUUGUGCAAGCCUCUUUUCCCCCCCCAUAACAGUAUGCCCCGGGGCAGAGACUCCUGCAAAGGACGGGUGCAACACAAGGGUGACCUGCCAGCGGGUCCUACGUACCUCCUGCCACGAGCACAGCGCACACACGUGGGGCUGGCACACAGCAAAGGGGGCGCGAGGCUCUCCUUCUCCACUCACCUGCAGCACACACGCUGGGGCACAGACAAAGGUGCUCAGAACAGCAUUCACCCAAAGACCAAGCCACCUGCAUGCUCCCCCUGCACAACAUAGACAGCUGUGAGUGAAGCAGGCACAGACACACCUUGUUUGCUUGCCCUGCCAUGGAGAUGACACAGCUUCACUGUCUAGGCUCCGUCCAAAUCCAGCUCCCUUUGAAGACACAAACAAAGUCGAGUUACCCCACAGCUCAAAGGUGUGCCAUCUCCCAGGCUACCAAACCAAAGGCACUUGGCUAAAGUGACUGAAGCUAGAUGCUCUCAGCCCAACCUUGGAGACCUCAGGCACCAUCCUAAGGCAGCACAGCAGAAGGACACCUUACCACAUAGGCUAGAGGCAGGAAGGAGAGAGGAGGCUGCCAAACCAGCCCUUUUGCACCAGCACUUAAGAAAACACAUUCCUUGAAAGACUGUUUUAUACACAUUAAAGAGUCCACCAUGCUACUGCAAGAGCAGAAACACAGCCUGAGGCUGUGUAAGAGCUUUGCUACAGGCAUUAGAGUUAUUUACUGAAUGACUACUAAAGAAGAGCAGGACCAGAGGCCCCUCUGGAGUGGAGCCAGGCACAUGGAAGCAGUAUUGAAGCAGCAGACAUGGUUUCCUGGCACACUCAGCCAUCACCUCUCCCUGCCGCCCUCGUGCCAUGGUCAGACACAGACCCAUAAGCAUGUGCUGCCCCAGCUGAUGCCAGCAGCUAACAGGACCAGACACAGCUCUCUCUCCUGCUCUAUUUCCCACCUGCCCUGCUCUGGCUUGUGUUCCUAUCCUAUAUCCCUUGAGCUGGGGGGGUCUCCUCUGCUCCCCACUCUCAGCCCCACCAGGUUCUGUCUCCCCCAUGUCUUUUAGCAUUGAGGGAUGCAUGUGUGUGAUGAGAAGCCUCAUCACGUCUGGGUUUUGCCCUGUCUGUACACUGGAUGUCUUCUCUUCCAGUUCUUAAGCUGCUGGAGCAGACCAGAGCUGCCAGCCAGAGACAGACAUCUGUGGAAUAAGCAGCAAAACCCAGGUGGGCAAGCCUGGACAGAGCUGCUGGGCACAGGUGCUUCCAGCCCAGGCAAGGGUGAUGCCACCUUCCCCUCACUUGGAGGACAAAGCCACUGGCUGGAAGCAGCUGCUUGUGCCACCCGGUCCCAGCACAGCCUCUUUUGUCCGAUGCAAGCAGACAUAUGAUGGAGACAUCAUGCCAUAGGGUCUGGCUGCGUGUGGCUGUGUUGGGAACAGCCGUGAGGCUGGGCUCCUCCUCACACAGCCAUUUAAAUUGACCCCAUAUGUGCCUUAUUUUCCAGUUUGCUUUGUCACAAUUGAAAUUACUGACUCCUUCUGCUCCAAAACAGGAAGCAACAUAUAAUGGUAUAAAAAUUCGGAUUUGCCACAUGCUGUGCUAGGAAACCCAGAAAUAGCUCUGAUCUCUAUCCCAAGCUCCUAGCCAAGAUCUGGAGAACUAGCACUUC